AUGUGACUUUUUCCGUUUCGCCAUUUUCCUCUUCUCCACUUGAGCCAUCGCUGGUCGUCCUCGCUGUUUCGCGGAGUUUUAAGCUGCCCAGAGGUGACGGUGGGACAGGGGAACCCCCCGCCAAAGAAAGAGAGGAUAUUGUGCCGUCUAGCUUUGUCGUCCGAAGGGAAAAGUGACAAUGUCUUCUGAGGAGAGCCCCGAGUACUCACCUUUCUUCGCCGUGAUGGGAGCCUCUGCGGCCAUGGUCUUCAGCGCGUUAGGAGCAGCAUAUGGGACCGCGAAGAGCGGCACAGGAAUCGCUGCCAUGUCUGUGAUGCGGCCAGAGCUCAUCAUGAAGUCCAUCAUCCCCGUUGUCAUGGCGGGUAUCAUCGCCAUCUACGGGCUGGUGGUCGCCGUGCUGAUAGCCAACAACAUCUCAGAGAGAGUCAGUCUCUACAAGAGUUUCCUGCAUCUCGGCGCCGGACUGAGCGUGGGCCUGAGCGGCCUGGCGGCCGGCUUCGCCAUCGGUAUCGUGGGCGACGCCGGCGUGAGGGGCACCGCUCAGCAGCCCCGGCUUUUCGUGGGGAUGAUCCUGAUCCUGAUUUUCGCCGAGGUGCUGGGGCUCUACGGCCUGAUCGUGGCCCUCAUCCUAUCCACAAAAUAAGUGUCUCUCUCCAUCAAAACCACCAUCUCAUUCAUUCCACAUCGAAGCAGCGCGAACAAAUAGGAGAGUUUCACCUUCUUCCAUGACACCCCGCGGAUCUGACAGGAUGGGAUGGUGGCAGAAACAUGCUGGCUGUCGGUCUCGACAGCCUCGUCCUCUUUAGAUGUGAUCUACUCCAUUUUGUUUUAAGCCAUCCGGUUGUGUCAGGUCUUGUGCGUACAGAACGGGCAUGAACAUGUACUGUUUGUUGUGAGAUGAUGUGUGGACAGUCUGCCUGAUUAUAUCGUCUAAUCUUAAACUGUACAGUGAUCCAGAGUCAUCCCAUCCUCAGUAAAUGUAGUAACCAGUCUGUGCUGUGAGUGUGAGUAUCAACGUUUACCCCCCCUCCACCCAUUCUUCUUUUAAUUUUUGUCUUUUGUUGGUGGGUUUUAAUCAUCAUUAUCUGUUGUUUUUUUUGUUUUUUUUAUUGAGACUGCUGAAAAGUUGUGCACACUAGUAUUUUAUUUUUUUCAUGUUCUUUUUCGGGGACCAUCUUUGAAUCUCAGAUGAUUUUUUUUUUGUCACUAUUUAUGGAAAGCUAUGAAAGAUUUUGAAGCCGUCUAAAUGGAAUACUGUUUAUUGAAAUACCCUAUAUACAUAAAAUAUAUAAAUUAUCUGUGUAUAGUUAGAUUUAUUGCACUGUGGGUAAUUGUUCUAAGUGCUUGGAAUUCCUCUGGAUAUAGUGUGAUUAUUAUUGGAGGACGUCCACAUGUUCACAUGAAGAUGACUGUGUGUGUGUCUGUGUGAGAGAUCUGAGUGCAUAAUGUGUGGUUUUAUGUUUGAUAUGACAUUUUCAGACACUAGUAUUGUUUACCUGUAGUGCUGCUGUCUUGAUUUUGUUUUUUUGGGGGGGUCUUUUGUUCAAAGUGAGAGCUCACUGUUCAGCCAUGCCUGUCAGAUUUCCAAAUAAAACUCAACCUCCUCCAUUCAUUGUCAAAACGGCUUUUGUUGUGUUCAUGAAAACUUUAAUAUGAACCUUGUCAAUAUGUGGACAAUAUCUUUGAAAUCUGAACAAAAAGUGUAUAUUUAUUUAUCUCAUGGCUGUAGCUGAAUAACUAGUAUUGAUCUCUAAUUUACAUCUCUUGUUUUACAGCUGUGCAGUGUAAAAAUGUCGUAGUGUUUAAUUAAAAUGCAAGACUGUACAAAAUCA